AAGAAGAAGAAGAUCAACAUGGCGUCCGUCAGCAGUGAUGAGUGGAGAGCUAUUUGUGACAAAUUCACCAACGCCCAGAAUUUAACCGUUGUAGAAUCACUUAAUGACCCAGACAAUGACCCGUUCCGCUCCAAAUACAAGGCUAGGGAGCUCCUCAGGGAGAUAUACUGCUCGCUGAAGAGUUUUGAGGCCGGGGAAGGUGAGGAGGAGAGCGGCGGAGAGACCGGAGAGACCGGAGAGACCGGAGAGAGCGGCGAGCAGCUGCCGGUGGAGGCUCCGGUAGACGGGCAGACUGAGGAGGCGUUCAGUCAGGGCUUCUGCGGAGACUCUCCAGCCGGGCUGCGGGCCGCUAAACUCGGGGCGGUGGAGUACUACCUGGGCGUCAACCAUGUGGACACAGAGGAGCUGUCCGCCGGGCAGGAGCAUCUGAUGAACUGCAUGAAGCUGCUGGGGAAAUGCAGGGUAUCUUCGGAGAAUGUGUCACUGUUUAUCCAUGCCAGGAACCAGUUGGGCAUCCUGUGGGCCGGCCGCGAUGAGACGGAGACCGCUCAGGGAUUUCUUGAAACUGCUGAAUCUAUCUACCAACGUUAUAUGAAAGAGGAUGGAAGUCCACCCACUGACAUGGCAGAUUACUUCAGUACUGAAGAGAACCAGUUGACACAUCAGGAAAGGACCAAGAGGUUUGAGUUGGCCUACACCCAUACCAUGUACUACCUUGCUCAAGUCUAUAAAAACCUUGGUGAAACUGAGCGUGCUGCCAUCUACUGCCACAGCACCCUGCAGAGACAGUUAAAGUUAAAUCAGUUCAGUCCUAUGGAGUGGGCUCUGAACGCUGCCACACUAUCGCAGUAUUACAUCACUAAGGGCCGAUACAUGGAAGGCAGACAUUGUCUCUCAGCGGCAACUGUCAUAUCGGGUUUGGCAGGAGAAGUUCCUUCUGAGGCCGCAGCACAGGAGAGUGAGACAGAGAGCGAGCGCAGGGAGCAGCUCAGGCAGAAGAGAGCAGAGAUUGCGAGAUGUUGGAUAAAAUACUGUCUCAACAUUCUGCAAGACUCUAAGAAGCUGCUAGAGGACAGCAUUGGGGAGCUGGAUACAGAUCGUCAAGAAGAAAUGAAGAGAGGGAGGAGACUUGAGGAGGAAGAGGAGGAAAAGGAAAGGAAGAGCGCUAUGCUGUUUGGCUCUGAAGACACCUUUGACUCCAUUGCUAGCCUGGAGGAGAAGGUGCGCUGUUUGUUGCCAAUGGACUUCACCGAGGCCAGAGCCAUAUUUCUGGUGGGACAAAAUUAUGUCACAGAGGCCAAAGAGUACUUUCAGAUGGACGGCUAUGUGACGGACCACAUAGAGAUCCUGCAGGAUCACAGUUCUCUGUUCCGAUCCCUGGCUUUCUAUGAAGAGGAUCUGGACCGGCGCUGCAAAAUGCACAAACGAAGAGUUGAUAUGAUGGAGCCUGUCUGCAUGGAAUUGAACUCCAAGUACUACCUAAUGAUCCGCAGACAGAUGAUGUUUGAGUUGGCUGAGACCUACAAUGAAAUGAUGGACCUGAAGCUGACGCUAGCCAACAGACAAGAUGAAACAGAAUCUCUUGACAACCACACCGUUAAGAAAUUUAACAAUCUCUGCUCUGCUUCUGCCAAGUACUUCCAGAUGUUCCUAGACUCUCUGUGUUCUCCAGAGGGGAAGCAGCCGGAGCAUCUGGAGGAGGAGGUGCUCCGACCGGCUCUGGUGGCUCGCUUCAGGGUGGCCCGACUCUACAGCCGGCUGAUCUGCACCUCACCCCCCGGUCAGGUGGAAAACCUUGACAAGUCGCUGGAACACUACAAAUAUGUGGUGGAUUACUGUGACUCCCACCCAGAGGCCGUGGCCACAGUGGAGACGGAGCUGGAGCUGAGUCGGGAGAUGGUCGGCCUGCUCCCUCUCAAAAUCAACCGCAUCAAAGCAAAGAUCCCCGCCAACAACUGAAGGACGCCCCCUCUCUCACCUGACUGACUAGUUGUUUACUAAAAGUGUAACAUCCCAAAAAUGAGUCGGUCGAUCUAAAUGUACCACCUUUUACAGUCAGUGGACACUCCCUACAAUUAGAGAAACUGGACAGUGAAGGACUUUCUUGCUUAUUUAACCACAUCUUUCUUGGCAGUGUUCAUGCUGCAUUUACGAGACCUUUGAACCCAUCACACACUGUAAAAAUGUGCUCUGCUCUGUGAAGUAACAUUUUAUUUGAACUCAAAUAACACAGUUAAUAUAUUCUCUUCAAAAUGAACAUGUAAAUGUCUUCCUCACUAAUUGAGAUCAGUUGAUAAUAAUCUUUUCAACACUUUGAAUUUGAUGUGAGUCUACCUUUUUCUCACCUUUGUUCUAAACCACAGUAGUGUGAAGAAAUACGUGUAGGUAUAAAGCUAAAAUAUCACAAGCUCCCUAGGCAAGAAAUAAUAAAAAACAAAUGAUUGGACUAAGAUCCUUAAAGAUCUUGUAUGUACAUAACAUUUUUUUAUUUUGUUUUGUUUCAUUUUAUUUUACUAUCGUAUGUGACCGAGUUCUGAUUUAUGUUGUUUUCUAUGUUAUGUUUUUUUUUAUCACUCAUUGUCAAGCACUUUAGCACACUGAACUUUUGUUUCUUCAGCUACUAUCUGAUGUUAAAACAAAUGUUAAAGCCUACAGAUACCAGGGUUAGUGUAACCAUGGUAAUAACAAUAGGCAGCCAUCAGUACAGAUGGGCUUAGACUACUGACAGGUUGUUGUUGCGCCUUAAAACUGAGAAGCUUUUUCUGCAAACUGAGAAACAGUCUGAACUGUCAUAAAGUGGGCUUAUUCGUGUUGGUUUAUGAGGUAUUAUAAUCUGCAUGAUGCCAGAUGCCAGCUUUCACCAGGUGAACUCGAAUAUAUACUCUUGUAUAUUUCUUUCCUGCCUGUGAUGAAUCACAAUUUGGUCUUGUUUGUUGUACAGCAGAUAAUGUAUGUUAUGGUGAUAAACAAGUAAAGAACUACACACCUAUGACAAAA